AUGGCGGACAUCGAAAAGCACGACUACACUGUCCAGGGGGGAGGUAGUGAAAGCGACCAUGGCCAUGGUGUGAAGGACAUUGUUGCAACAAAGGGUGCUGCCGUCGGUGAGGCCGCCGACAUCUAUGGUGAUCUCGCCACGGCCGAGCAGUAUGGAUAUGUCGAGCGAGGUCUCAAGUCCCGGCACAUCCAGUUCAUCGCCCUUGGAGGUACUAUUGGUACUGGUCUUUUCCUCGGUAUUGGCACUGCGUUCGCAAACGCUGGCCCUGUCUCUGUCCUUCUCGGCUACACGAUAACUGGUAUUGCUGUCUUCGGUAUGAUGCAAAGUCUUGGUGAAAUGUCUACCUGGCUUCCGCUGCCCGGUGCUAUUCCUCAAUACUGCGCUCGUUACGCUGAUCCCGCUCUUGGCUUUGCUGUCGGCUGGAACAACUGGUACCAGUGCGCCAUCACUCUGUGUGCCGAAAUCUCCGCUGCGGCCGUCGUCAUUAGCUUCUGGGAUACCGAAGAAAAGAUCAACCAAGGCGUGUGGAUUGCGAUUAUCAUCGUCAUCAUCAUUGGCUUGAAUAUUUUUGCUGUGUCAAUUUACGGCGAGGCCGAGUUCUGCUUCGCAUCGAUAAAGAUCAUCACGAUUAUUGGUCUCCUCCUCACCGGUGUCGUCAUCUGGCUUGGUGGUGCUCCCGACAAGGAUCGUCGUGGAUUCCGUUACUGGAAAGAAGGUGCGAUGAAGGAGUACAUUGGUACUGGAAGCACCGGUCGAUUCUCUGGUCUCUGGUCCACACUUGUCAAUGCUGCUUUCUCCUACGGUGGUGUCGAGAUGGUUGCUGUUGCUGCAGGUGAAGCCGCCAAUCCGCGCAAGAACAUUCCCAAGGCCAUCCGCCGUGUCUUCUGGCGUAUCCUCGCUUUCUACGUUCUUGGAUCGUUCGUCAUCGGUGUUUGCAUCAGCUCCAACGAUGAGGCUUUGACCAGCGACAACCUCUCGGGUGCCCAGAAGUCUCCUUGGGUUAUUGCCUGCAAGAACGCUGGUAUCCCUGUUCUCCCGCACAUUGUCAACGCCGUCAUUCUCACCUCUGCCACCUCCUCCGGAAACGCGUUCUUGUACACCGGCUCUCGUUACCUCUUCGGUGUUGCUCAGAACGGCCAGGCUCCCAAGUUUCUCCUGAAAUGCUCCAAGAACGGUGUGCCGUACUGGUGUGUCGGCAUCACAGCUGUCUUCUCCCUGCUCACCUUCAUGAGCUUGGGAACCAGUGCCAACGAAGUCUUCUUGUGGUUCCAGAACCUUGUGACCAUUGCUCAGUGCUUCACAUGGUGCAGCAUCUGCUUGGGCUACAUUGGGUUCCACAAGGCGUUGAAGGCUCAAGGCGUUGACCGCAACACCUUGGUCUUCAGGUCACCGUGGCAGCCGUACACCGCUUGGGUCAGCUUCGUUUUCUUCACCCUCGUUAUCUUCUUCAACGGCUUCAAGCCCUUUACGGAGACCAAGGGAGGAUGGGGCAAGUCCCAGUUGACUGACUUCUUCACCGCCUAUGUCGGUGUAGCCAUCUUCUUCCUGCUUUACAUCUUCUGGAAGGUCUUGAAGCGCGAGCCUUUCGUCGUACCGGCGAACGCUGACAUCUGGAGUGGAAAGGCUGCCCUUGAUGCCGAGGUCUGGCCCGAGCAGAUCCCCACGAACAUCUUCCAGAAGUUCUGGUACUGGCUGUGCUAAAGACUUCUGUAUUUAAUGUGCAUGUAUCGUUUCGAGUUCUGUAAAAGAGGUGUUAUUGGCGGUUGAGCUUCGAUGCGGUCGCAGGCAUGAUACCACGAGAUUCCCUGGAUGUGAUUAGUGUGCUAUAUCAAUCACUGUUGCAAACUUUAAUACAACACGACUUCCUGUUCCACUGUGAUUGUCUGCCAAUGCUUUCUUGUUGUGGACAAGCUGUGAUACCGGUCGAAGAGAGCUCGGCUUGACAGAACAUUGUCGGUGUGCAUG